AUGGCGGAUGCAGAGACUUUGUCAGAGGAAUAUUCGAAACAGCUUCUCCCCAACACAAUUGUACAACUGAUUGCAGCUACCUUCGGCAUACUUGGAAAUUGUCUUGUUAUUUUGAUGUACACUAAAUACGUUAAAGACAAGAUGGGUUCCAGAUAUUUUAUACCAGUUCUUGCUGUUGUCGAUCUGGUCGGAUCUGUGUCGAAUGCUACUCAGUUUCAUUUGGAUAACACGAUGCGUUACAUCUACCCUGAUGUAUUUUUGUGUAAAAUGAUGUCUUUUUUAAUCGUAUUUACCGGCGGAUUUUCUGCUCAUCUGAUCCUUGCUAUUGCAUUGCAGAGAUAUUUGAUCAUCUGUCGUCCGUUCGGUCAACAAAUGACUCAAAAAUUGUGCAGAAUUGCCGUCUUGAUCAUAUUUCUGAUUUCAGUGGGAUAUGCCUCUCCAAUUUUGAAAUUCAAUGGAAUAUAUAAACUCAGAUCACUAAAUACCACUGGUAAUUAUAAUAUCUCCUUUUGUCAUAUAGAUGAUGGAACCGAUAGUUUCAAUGUUAUGAUACCAUAUUUAGGGUUUUUGUUGUUUCUUUCUUUAAUAAAUAUUUUCAUCACAUUUAUCUUUUACGUUCCUGUGACAAAAACCAUUUAUGAUAGACUGUCACCUGCCAGACGAAACCGAGCAAAAAAUGUUCCAGAUGGCAAAAUUGUAUCUAAAGAAACACAAAUGUCUGAUGAUGGAAAGAAUAUAACAAAGCCUAAACUGCAGGCUAAUGACGAAUCUAUGGUGAACGGAAGCCCGGAACAAAAAGCUCGAAAGAAUAUCAGUGUUAUGUUUCUUGUAAUCAUUAUUGUGUACAUAGUUUCAUAUCUGACAUCACUGGUUACUCAGAUCCACAGUUUUGCAAGCACGGAAGAACGGAAAGGAUAUAUAAGAAAUAUUUACUUCUUCUGCCUCCGUUUUAAUCUUUUGAAUCAUAUUGCCAAUCCUUAUAUUUACUGGUUCUAUGACUUGAAGUUCAGAAAUGAACUUCGAAGGAUUUGUUGUCGUAGCUUUAGAAGAUAA